AUAGAAUGUAAUCUAGGGUUUGCGAUCAUGAUGAAGGAAUCACUAGGACGUGAGAGAUGCGAGGAGCUAGCGAAAUCUUCUUCCUUUUACCGGAAAGUUUACUCGGAGAUAGAGGAAGUUGGAUGGGAGUCACUAAGGAGAUUAGGUGGAGAUUUAACAUUUUUCAGCUUUCACAUUUUAGAUAAGAAGGGAAGAGCACACAUGUUAGAACUUCAACUUGAUAGAGAUUAUCCCAAGUCCCCACCUUCCCUUUCCGCGGAUGUGCCAUACAUGUUUACUUUGGAAUGGUCAGCAAGCUCAAGGCUGAAGGAUGUGAUGCACCAGUUCCAAAAGCAUUUGGAUAGUCUUCAAGAGUUUUGGUCUGUCUUGGAUGAUAUCGACAAGUUUCUUUGUGUUGUUGAUGCUAAGCAGCCAUCUCGUGCUUCUCCUAUCCGUCGGAUUCAUGCUGGGAACGGUUGCAAUAUCAUUGCUCAUAUCAACUUCAACGACCCUAAAUCCCUUCCAGAGUGCCGGUUUAUUGGUCCUGAGCCUCCAGCUAUAAACAACUUGCAUAUGCUAUGGAGAAGAAAUAGCAAAAAAUGGUCAAAGGAAAAAUCAUUUCCUGAGAAUCUAGAAUGUAUUCUAGGUACUGAGCUUCCUAAGCCUCCAGGUCUCCUCCAAGUGGAAGAUGAUCAUCAGCAAGUUGAAUGCGGAAUUUGCUAUGCCCAGUUUCUACCAACCGAUGAGGAGCUCGGAGCUAGAAGUGGGACGAGAACAGACUACACAUGCGAAAACAUUAGUUGCAAUAAGUCUUUCCAUAGCCUUUGCCUCACAGACUGGUUAAGGUCUAUCACAACAACAAGACAGUCAUUUGAUGUUCUUUUUGGGAACUGCCCUUACUGUUCAGACCCUGUUGCAGUCAAAAUCAACAACAUGAACAAAAUAGAUUAGACAAUCCAAUCCACCUUAGAGCAUCAUUAUCUUUCUUAAGAUAGCGUUCUUAGGAAAAUAUAAGAAACUGUUUCUUAGUCCCAAAUCUUUAAAACCAUACUUCUUAAUUAUGGUUUUGAAUGGUCUAAUGAAACAUGAUAUAAAGUGAGAGUUGGUACAAUGAGUGAUGGGUAGUGAGGACAAAACUCCCUUUUUCACUAUUUAUAUUAUCUACUGUUUAAGAUAGAACUCAUGUAGCUUUCCAGUGAGAAAUGUUGGAUGUACUCUCAUUUUUUUUUUCCUUCUGGCCAUUCAAUUCCAAUGGUGAUCUAUCAAUCACCAUCAAUGUGGAGUUUCUUCAAGCAAUAACUAUUUUCACUUGCC